AUGCCACAAAGUUGGCUGGGAUAUAGUAGAGAAGCGACAGCAGCGUGGCUGAAGGAAGUGAGGGUGAGGCAGAGAGUUGUCGGGGUUGAGGAUGAUGAUGAACGGGGCCAUCCCGAACCGGGAAUCGAACCCGGAACUUAUGGUUACGCAUCAAGAGCUCUUCCAGUUGAGCUAUCUGAGAUAUCGUCCGUAACAACCUUUCAGUCACUUAAUAAUUUUUUGUUUAACACGAUAACAGAAAAAUAUUUAUUAAAAUAUUGUCGAAAUGACUAUUUAUCAAUAGAUACUUAA